GGUUGUUUUGCUCGCAGCGUUGUUGAAGUUUUGCGGGCGGCAGCAAUUUGGCGACGUAGCGUAGCGGCAGUUUUGAAUUGAAGUUUGCGUGAUGAACAUCGUCGGGUUCUGCGCAUCGCACAACGCUAACAAAACCUGAAGCAAACACACAACAACAACAUUUUUACAACUUUGCUGCUAGAGUUCUAAAAAGUAAUUAAAGCAAGAAGUGCUAGAAGACGCACCAAGCUAACACGAUAAACACAAGAAUAUUUGCUGAAUUUUUACGCGAUAGUGCAGUGGCGCCCUCAAUGAAGCAAUCAAAAAUGUAUUAAGCGAAAUAUUUAAAAAUUUUAAAUUAUUGAAAAUAAAAAUUGAGAAAAUACAAAGUGAUACAAGUGCAUUUGCAUAAGAAGACAGAAAAAGUUCUGCGUUAAAGAAAUUGCAUUGAUAAAUUGGAUUGAAAAAGUAGUUCAAUUGUUCACAAUCAUUCCAUGUGCUUUUGUGCUGCGAAUUAGUUUUCCGGAAAACUCAUACGGACUUGCGUUAGUGAAAAAAGCGUGGAUACGCGUCAUUUGAUAGAAAGCUAAAAACUUUUAAUUAUAGUGCUGCAAACGCUUUGAAAAAUAAAAGAACAAACUUAAAAAAAUAAAGCGACCGUGCGUAAAACAAUUUCUUUUAUAAAAAAAAUAUUCUGCAGCGAUACGCAAGUGUACCGUUACUUUGCAUAAGACGGUCAACGUCGACGACGCCGCUGAACACGCACGCAAGCGAACUGCGCAGCGUGCAAAUGUCAAAAGUUCACGUGCUGUCGCCCACGCAAGCAAAUGCUGAUGAGUAGAAUAACGUUAUUUUUUGUAAAAAAGCCUAAAAGCUGAAAAUCAUUUAAAGAAAAAAAAACACACUCCAAGCGAAAUAAUGAACAAACGUAAAUAGUGCAAACAACCAAAAAAAAAAGGUAAAGUGGAAGCUUAUGUAGCGUAGAAACCAAUAAACAGUAGCUAUGAAACACAUAAAGCAUGCAAGCGGUUAAAUAAUAUUAAAGAAAACUUAAUUAAAAAUAAGUUUGUCUACUUACACUGCAGCAGUUGACAAGCGCAUAGCCAUGCUGAGCUAACAGUUCAUAAAGUGUUUAAUAAAAAAACUCAAAAAAUUUAGCUGCUAAAUACAUUUUAUAUUAAAUAAUUAAAUAUAUUUUUUAUGUAUGUUAAAUGCUGUGCAAAAACUAAAACUACGAAAGAGUGUGUGUGUUAAGAACAAACGGCUAAUUGCUUUUCUGCACAAGAAUGAUGUUUGUUGGCAAAAACAGGCAGUAACUAACAAAUUUUGUUACAAAUAAGCAACGCUUUUGAAUAUUCAAUGCCAUAUUAAAGGAUAUUUAUAUAAAAUAAAAAAACACACUGCACCGAAAGUAUUCGGACAGCGCAGCAGCUGAUAUAGGAGACAAUUUUCAAACGUUAAAUACGCGCAAUUGGAUUAAAUAUUUACAAGGAUUAACGACAAAGAAAACAACGCAAAUAUAUCAAAAUGAAUUGGAUAAAACUGAUAUCAGCGACGAUUCUAACGCUCUUUGUCAUUGUCAAUGAGGUUCACAGUUCCGGUUUGUUCGAAUUACGUUUACGCUAUUUCAACAACGAUUACGGUCGCGAUAGCGAAGGCAAUUGCUGUAGCGGCAUUUCCGAUCCGCAAACAGGCAAAUGCAUCGGUACAUGUAAGACACGGUUUCGCGUUUGUCUCAAACACUAUCAAGCCAAAAUCGAUACGACAUCACAGUGUACGUACGGUGACGUUGUGACGCCGAUACUCGGUGAGAAUUCGGUAAAUCUAACGAAUACGCAAAAAUUCAAAAGCAAAGGCUUUACGAACCCCAUUCAGUUCGCUUUCAAUUUUGCAUGGCCGGGCACGUUCACACUAAUCGUCGAGGCAUUGCAUGACACGAAUAACAGCGCUAAUACGCGCUCAAACAAUCUUCUAAUCCAACGCUUAUCGUUGCAACAAGUACUCGAAGUAUCACCCGAGUGGAAAACGAAUAAAAGCGAAGCUCAAUACACCUGGUUGGAAUACGAUUUUCGCGUUACCUGCGAUGCGCAUUAUUACGGAGCGGGCUGUGCUAAUUUGUGCCGGCCACGUGAUGAUCCCUUUGGACAUUACACUUGUUCGGAAAGCGGUGAAAUCAUCUGCUUGACUGGCUGGCAGGGUGAUUAUUGUGAUAAAGCCGAGUGCACGAAAGGCUGCGAGCAUGGCCAUUGCGACAAGCCCAAUCAAUGCAUUUGUCAAACAGGAUGGAAGGGACAGCUCUGCAACGAAUGCGAACCUUACCCGGGUUGCGUGCAUGGAACUUGCAACAAACCAUGGAAAUGCAUCUGCAAGGAGGGCUGGGGUGGUCUGCUCUGCAAUCAAGACUUGAACUACUGCACCAAUCAUCGUCCUUGUCAAAAUGGCGGCACCUGCUUUAAUACCGGUACGGAUCUAUACACCUGCAAAUGCCCACCGAACUUCACCGGGACCGAAUGUCAGAAUGAGAUCACCUCAUGCAAGGAAGGUAAUCCCUGUCAAAAUGGCGGUGUCUGUCACGAUGAAGCCUCAAAUCGCGGUUACAAAUGUGAGUGUCUGAAGGAUUGGGGCGGCCCAUUGUGCGAGGAGAAAGUAAUCACUUGUUUGGACAAACCCUGUCGCCAUGGCAGCUGUCGCAACACCACGAAAGGAUUCCAAUGUGACUGCCCGAGCGGUUACAGCGGACGCAUCUGUGAACUUCAUGUAGACAACUGUAAUCCGAAUCCCUGCCAGAAUAGUGGUAUCUGUUUCAUGACUUCGUCCGGCAAUCACAAGUGCCAGUGUCGCAGCGGUUUUACGGGCAACAUGUGCGAGCAGAAUAUCGAUGAUUGUCAGGGCAACCCUUGUCAUAACGGCGGCACUUGCAUUGAUAUGAUCAAUCAAUUCCGUUGUCAAUGCGUACCCGGCUACUUGGGUUCACUAUGCUCGGAUAAAGUGGAUUUAUGUUUGACCAAACCUUGCGCCAACGGCGGCACCUGCACGAACCUGAACAACGAUUACAAAUGCACAUGCCGCGCUGGUUUCACAGGUAAAGAUUGUUCGAUUGACAUUGACGAAUGCAUGUCGGCGCCCUGUCGCAACGGUGGCACCUGCGUAAAUCGCGUCAACAGUUUCCAUUGCGUUUGCGCCAACAACUUCCACGGCAAACAAUGCGAGGAGGAGUCCUAUGCGUCCGCGUCGUACAACGCACGUCAAUACGAGUCCACGCCACAGGCACGCAGCGACGGUUUGACAAGUGGACAGGUCUUUCUCAUUGCCAUACUCUCGGUCGCUAUGCCUGUGGUGGCGGUGAUCGCUGCGUGCGUAGUGGUCUGCAUGAAGCGCAAGCGUAAGCGCGCACAGGAGAAGGACGAUGCCGAGGCACGCAAGCAGAACGAACAAAAUGCGGUGGCGACGUUGCAUCACAACGCGAAUGUUGGUGGCGGUAUGGGUGUUAUGAGCGGCGUGGUAGGCGGUGUUGGUUUGGGCGUAAAGCGCACUUCGUCCUCGGGUCUGACUUUCGACAACUCCAAUCCGAACAUCAUCAAGAAUACCUGGGACAAAUCAGUAAACAACAUUUCAGCAUCGGCGAGCACUGAUGAUUGCCUCAACACUUCGCUAUAUGGCAGCGCGUUAGCCAACUACGCAGCAGACAACAAUGCCAAUUCAGAAUUCUGCGGUGUCGGUCAAAUAGCACCAUUACAACGCGCCAAAUCGCAGAAACAACUCAACACAGAUCCCACACUAAUGCAUCGCGCCUCACAAUUGUUACAUAGUGCCGCAAGCGCCGUAGCUGGUGUCAGCGCUGCUGCUGUGGCUGCCAACGCUGCUGGUGCUGGCAUGAGCGGUGUGGUUGGCGCUAAUGGCGCUGUAGGUGGUGUUGCAACCAAAGAAUAUGCCGUGCAUGGCAACGGCGCUGGCGAAGGAAAACGCAUCUCAGUGCUGGGCGAAAGCGCUUACUGCAGUCAACGGUGGCCAUCGUUAGCGGCAGCCGGCGUGAGUGGCGGUUGCGCGUCCCAAAUGAUGGCUGCCUCAGCGGCGGCGGCGUCUGCGGGGAGCAGUGCCGCGGCGACGGCUGCGCAUCAACAGCAGCAACAGGCGCGCGCCGUAAUGUGUGGCACGCCGCAUAUGUGAGCACAUUGCGCAGGUGAGCAGUUUUUGGCUGUGGCGUCGAAUAAGUUGUGCGUGCGCGGCGUGGUAUGAGGCGUGUGCGCACGUUUUUGGCGCGCUGGUGGGGGCACGCUUAACGCGCUGUUGUAUAUUUGCUACGAAAUUUCUUAAAAACACACACACACAUAUAUAUUUUUUAAAUUUUAUAAUUAUUUUAUGAUUUGCAAAUUUUUCUCUGCUGUGUAAAUGCAAGAAUUUUAGAGCGAAAAUGUGCUGCUACCUUCUCAAUUAUAAAUAGUUAUUUUUUCUUGUAAAUUUUCGCUAUUGAAAUGGACUGACGUUGAUAAGGAAUUUAUUGUAAAAAGCCGUAUAAUUAAUUAACAAUAAUUAGGCUUAAGUAAUUUAGUUGUGCGCACGAGCGAGCGAUCGUACGAAAGCGACUGGCGUGCAGACGAAUUCGAAAAAGAUUCGGACAAAAUAAUUUAGAAAUUUAGUUGAAAACGAAAUGUAUUAAAAUUUAACAAGUAUGCGUGUGCUUUGUAGUACUUAUAAAAAAAUUGACCUUAGUGUUAUGAAAUUUUUUAAUUGUCGAAUUAAUUUACUAAAUUGUAAUAUUUAUUAAGCGAUAAGCAUAGAAUUUUGACGCAUUCCGCAAGUAGCAAACGACGAGUAUUUUUGCAUGACGCAGACGCACAACUGCCGCAUUGAGUUUAAGCAGUUACUUUGGGCACACACUGCAUAUUGGCAGUGCAUAUUUUCGCACUUAACCUCAAAAUUUCGUAAUUUUUUUCUUUCUAUUUUUUUUUUUUUAUAAGUUUUUCUUACCUUGUGGCGGAGCGCGCCGAUUGCUGUGACGAUAUUUGAAUUAAAGUAAUGCUAGUAUUUAAAGUUAAAGCCUAAAUGACAAAGCCGCUCUGCUGUGCAAAAGUAAAAAAAAAAAAGACAAAAACAAAAAAAUGCCUGUAAACUUGACAUUUUAAACUGUUGCAUGCGU